GUAUACAUUUCAUUUAACAUAUGGGACACUGCACUUUAGCAGCACACGCAACCCAACCCUUCCCAGGAAGCCAAGGCGGAGACUGAAAACGUCACCGCCAAGAUCGCCAUCGCCUCUCCUCUCCUCUUCUCUUCCCCACUUCUCCCACCUUUCCAGAUGGCCAAAGUUAACAAGUUACGACGAAAAUCUGACGCAAACUGUUCCAGGGCUAAUCGACAUUUAUUACCAUCCAAUACUUGGACAACUCACAAACUUGUUCAUCCAAAGAAGAAAAGCCACAAAGUGUCAGGGAAGAAAGAUUGGAAAGAUGCAUCGUGUUCAGUAUGUAUGGAGUUUCCUCACAAUGCUGUACUUCUUCUUUGUUCAUCAUAUAACAAGGGCUGUCGUCCCUACAUGUGUGCCACUAGUAAUCGCUUUUCCAAUUGUCUUGAACAAUACAAGAAAGCCUACACAAAGAUAGCCUCUACUCAAAUUUCAGAACAGGCGAAUGAGUCGGUUGGUAAUAUACGUUCGAGUUCAGAUGCAGGGCAGCCCAAUGAAAGUGUCGAAGCACCAGAGCUUUUAUGCCCACUUUGUCGGGGCCAGGUGAAAGGUUGGACAGUUGUGGAACCAGCAAGGAAGUAUCUAAAUGCAAAGAAGAGAAGCUGCAUGCAGGACAAGUGCCCAUUUGUUGGAAGUUAUAAAGAGCUCAGAAAGCAUGUUAAGGCGAAGCAUCCACUUGCAAGACCUCGAGCAGUGGAUCCUAUCCUUGAAGAGAAAUGGAAGAGGCUUGAGUGUGAAAGAGAGCGGAGUGAUGUCAUCAGCACAAUCAUAUCAUCAACACCAGGGGCAGUGGUACUUGGUGAUUAUGUUCUUGAGCCAAACCAGAGUAAUUUUUACAGUGAUUACGAUUCUGAACUGGAUGAUUACUUGGAGGAUUUUAAUUUAGGGUCAUUUAGUUUGGGACGGAAUGGUGGUAAUUUUUCACGUGGUAGAUUCCACAGGGACUUUUCCUCUAUUGGAGAGGACGAUUUUGGGGGGCCUCGUUCUGCAUUUUCCAGUUAUGGUGCUGCCUCUGGACGUGGUUUCCAGAGAACAAGAAUACUGGUUUCAAGGAGACGCCGAAGACGCAGCGGAGGAAACAACAACAAUUAGUUUGUGAAUUUGUGAAAUCAAUUUUAAUAGAAGUUAGGAUUCCAGCUUCAGCUUUUCUAAAUGGGUUAUGGAUAACUGAUUUUAGAUUGUAGGAGUUACAAUUUCAAUGGGAUUUUAUCUUUUGAUUUUAGGUUUUUAGUUUUGGGGGGAGAACAAAGAAAAUUUCAGAGGUGUCCAUAGACUGUUGGUGUAUGGAGUGGUUUCUCUUUCGGUCAUUACUCACUUCUCAGUUGCCAUCUGAGGAGAAAUCCUUUUCUAAACCAUUUCACACAUUCUUCUUUCUUUUUACUGCACUGAUGAUUCAUUCAACAUACUUUCCUUUGGAUAGAGUUUGAUGGGGGCUUCUUAUCUUUCCAUUUUGCUUGGCCUCCAAUUCAACCUCAGCUUUCUUUCAUUCUUGUACCAGCCAGCCUUAUUGUUUUUGGAUGAGCGGGAGUCAUGUUUCCGGUCGUAGCUUCUUCAUUUGAAUGUAUGGUGUUUAGACAUGUUUUCAAAUUAAUCGAUUUCCAUGCACAGAUUGUAUA